GACAGGUAGGGGUUAAAGGAAUUUAUGCCUGUUUUAUUUCCUCCCAUUUAAGGGAAAUGACUUCACAAGGGAUUUGAGCUGAUAAACAGGCCUUCCCAGGUAGAGACCUUCAAUAUACAGCCAGCGUUUCCCACGGAGGCAGAUCUGUGGACAAGGGAACGAAACCACACGGCCACGAGAUGUGCCACCGUGCUAAUGCCUGAGGACAGACACACCCAGCAGCACAGGCUGUCACCUUGGCUAGUUAGUGGGUAUCACCCAGAAGGAGAGUUUUGAUUGGUUCUGAAAAAUGUGAUUCUGGUGACAAGUUGAUUAGACCCGAAUUCAGAGCGUCUGCUAUCCUCCAACAGAUUUGAAAAUGACCCAGGAAGGGAAAGGUUUUCCCCACAGACAAAAGCACAGCCAAGCUUGGUGCACUUAGGGCCCCAGAAAGGAUCUGCAACAUAGAGGUGGUUUAUCUCAGAGCUGGGCAGAUUUCUGAAGUCCCAGGAGAAGGGAGCUAGGGGAAAGGGGAGAGGUGUACAAAAUGUAGCAUGUGGGAGCAGCAGGUGCAAAGGCCCUGGGGUGGAAGGGGCUUGCUGGAGCACAGCAAGAGGGAGGGAUGAGAAGUGAGGCCAGAGAAGUGGAUUGGACGAGGCCAUGCAGGGCUUUGGGGGCCACAAAGGCAAGUCGCUCAGCAGUCAGGACUGAAAGGGGGGAGGUCCAGCACAGCGGCCAGUGCUGUUUUGUCUUCACUCAGAGAUGAGAGCUCUUCCUUUCAUCCGUCCAUGAUCCCGUGUCCCUUGCCUGCCCUGGCCGUGUCCCUGGCUCGUCCUUCCUUCAGGCCCUUGACCUCACUCGAGCCCCUCCCCCUGUCUCAGGGAGUCCUCUGUGGGGGUGCCCACCCCACAGUCUCAUUAGUGUGGUGUCAGGGCACAGCCCUAAUCAGCUUACCCAGCAGCAAGAUAAAUGCCCUGCCGGCAGCUUGCCGAGGGAAGCCUGUCACACACCUGUGGCCCCCGAGACCUGCCUCAGUACCUGGGCUUCCUCUGCUCUGGUGGGUCGGAAGCAGGAGGGCUGACUGGGACCCCGGCCUGGUCUGCACGCAGCCCACAGCGUGAGGGAGUCCAGAAGCCAAAGGUCACUGCGGCGUCUCUGCCAACCUGGCCAUGAACCUGGAGCCACCCAAGGCCGAGAUCCGGUCGGCCACCAGGGUGAUUGGGGGGCCCGUCACUCCCAGGAAAGGGCCUCCCAAAUUUAAGCAGCGGCAAACCAGGCAGUUCAAGAGCAAGCCCCCCAAGAAAGGCGUCCAAGGGUUUGGGGACGACAUCCCGGGAAUGGAAGGCCUGGGAACAGACAUCACGGUCAUCUGCCCGUGGGAAGCCUUCAAUCACCUGGAGCUGCACGAGCUGGCCCAGUAUGGGAUCAUCUAGCCCUGGAUCCUAACCUGGGCCCCUACCCUCCGCCGCCGCCCGCUGUGACCGACCCCUGCUUCCUGCAAAGAGGCCUGCCCCCCAGUGUCCAGAUGACCCUGUGUCUGGAGACCCUUGCAGGGCGGUGGCUUUAGGCCCCAGGAGCCCACCCCCUCCACACAGGACGCCCUCUCGGGGUGGCCAGGCCCUGCUUAGCUCCGCGGACCCUCUCCCCCCAUGGAAAGGGAAAGUGAGGACAGGGCCUCCCAGGAGUGUCUCCCACACCCUGGCCCCUGUCCUGCCUGUCUGGGGGUGAGGACAAGCUGCCCCCACUGACCCUGUCGGCUGAGGCCCUUGGGCCAGCUUGGCGGGAGGUGGGUGGCAGGAGUCCUGUGGGCAUCAAUGGGAGAGCGAGGCCCCUCCAGACGCAUCACACCAGCAGGAAGCUUGACCUUUCCAGCUCAGCCCGUGCUUGCUGUCCUUGUUUCAAAUAAAAUUAGUGUCCUACUUCCCCA